UAUUAAGUCUCUAUAUUGUGUGGGUAUUCUUCGAGCUAGAAUAUAGAUCAGUGUUUCUAUUAUUUGUUCAAAUCUUAGUUUUGUUUUUAUUUUCCCAUAACACUACAGCUAAAGUAUCAGAUAUAACUAAGAACACAAGAAACAUUAUACUUUCCUGUCCUUGAAACGAGUUUCUAGAAUGGUGUACGUGAAAGGAGAUGGAACUGUAGUGCAGCAGAACUCGUUCAGCUUUUUUGGAUGGUUCUGGGGCAUCCUAAAUUUCUUUUAUCUGCUGUUCCAGACUCUAAUUAAUCCAAACUUCAGUAAACAUGGUGACAAGUAUGUGACAGAUUUCCGACCACCUGGCAGUGGUCCACCUAAGCCUCCAAGUCGGAAAUUUGGCGGAUUUGGACCGUCGGGAUCGGGGCCGUCGCCUCCGCCGAUGGGAGGGUGUGGCUGCGGCGGCUAAAUACUCAAAUAUAUACAUUCCAUACACCCUAUAAGGGUAGAUUCACACUAUAACGGUUCAUUCUCGGUCUGGGAGUCGAAACUUCGAGAUGGAAUAGUACUGAACUGAUAAAUAGAACGAAUGCAAUCUCUCUCAUGUAAUAAUAUUUUAUAAGACACAAUCCAACCGAGAACGAACCGUGAGUGAUAUUAUAUUGUGAAUCUGGCUUAAAAUAUAUUAUUUACUUUUUGUAUAAUAAAACUUAUAUGAUUUAAUAACUGUUUAAUUAUUAAAUAUGUAUAAAUGAUUUCAUAUUUUCCAUAAUAGUGAAAAAAAGUCGAUGAAAUAGAACAAGGCACCAAUGUGAA